CACAAGUGACGUACGUCAGGAGGUGGGCCGCAGGGAAGCAUAAGUAGUUCAUGUUUGAUGGACUACUGAACCUAAACAGAAACAUGUAUUCUCUGUUGAUGACAAACUGGAUAUUAAAUAUCUGAAAGGUUGACGUUGAGCAUAAACAAUGGCUGCCCCCGCAGGAGGACCUGCUGAACCGUGGGUCAUAUUGCCUCAUGAACGAGCACGGUACGAAGAACAAUUCCGUGCCCUACAACCAGUAAAUGGCAUUGUCACAGGUGAACAGGCAAAGGGGUUUCUCCUCCAAUCUAGACUACCACCAGCAAUUUUGGGUCAAAUAUGGUCUUUAGCAGAUACUGACUCAGAUGGGAAAAUGAAUAUAACAGAGUUCAGUAUUGCCUGUAAACUUAUAAACCUAAAAUUACGAGGCUUUGAACUGCCAAAAGUACUUCCACCUACAAUGCUACAACAGAAUAUGCCACCAGCGGCCUUGGUGAGCAGUUCCCUCCUGCAGAGUGCUCCAUCCAUUCGUCCAGCAGCUCAGCCGCCCCUUGUGGGACUGGGCAGUGCUCAUGCCGCAGGGCUUUCCACUGUCGGAAUGACUCCUCCCAUCAUGGCUACUGCACAAGCCCCACUACAUACAUCUGUAAUGCCUCCAAGCAGCAUCCCCAGCAUGGUACCACCAAUGAGAGCACCUCUGGCACCUGGAGCACCUGUUCCUCUCGUACAAACCGCCAGCCUACCCCUAGCAGCAGGCAGCAGUUUACCACUUGCACCGGGUACCAGCUUACCACUUGCAUCAGGCACUGUCUUACCACUCGCACCAGGCACCAGCUUACCACUCGCACCAGGGACUGGCUUACCCCUCGCACCAGGCACCAAUCUGCCCAUUGCAUCUAGCACGAAUGUUCCGCUUGCAUCAGGUUUGACAAGUAUCAGCAGUACACCUUCACUGGUGAUGCCAGCAACUGUCCAGACUUCUGUUCCGAUGGGUGUACCUCUUACGCAGCCUCUCACUAAUGGGUCCAUAUUAACUGGCCAAGGACCAGUGCCAUCAAGGCCUCCACCAGUUGGAACCUCAGUGCCGCCUGCAGCUCCUCUGGAAAAAGUGGCUUCUAUGGAUUCACCUUUGUCAGCAGGCUCACCCUUGCAAGAAUGGGCUGUACCUCAUCAGUCCAAACUGAAGUAUACACAGUUGUUCAACACGACUGACCGAGCACGGUCAGGCUAUUUAUCGGGGCCACAAGCGCGAAAUAUCAUGGUGCAGACACAAUUACCACAGCCUAUUUUGGCCCAGAUCUGGGCACUAGCAGAUAUGGAUACAGAUGGAAGACUUUCUUGUGAAGAGUUUGUUCUUGCUCUUCACUUGUGUGACAUGGCAAAAGCAGGGGAGAAGCUACCUGCUGUGCUUCCUCCAGAGCUUGUACCACCAACAUUCCGGAGACAGCGACAGGGAAGCCUUACUGGAAGCAUUACGGGUUCUAUAGAUGCUUCUGAAAAUAAAGAUGCUGCUGCAAGUAUCUCCACUGUUACAUUUGAAGAUAAACGGAAAGAAAACUUUGAAAAAGGCCAAGCAGAAUUGGAGCGAAGACGUAAAGCAUUGUUGGAAAUUCAGCGAAAAGAACAAGAGGAACGUGAGCGGAAAGAAAAAGAAGAACAGGAAAAAAGGGAGAAAAUAAGGCAAGAACAAGAGCGGCGAAGGCAGCUUGAAUUUGAAAAGCAGUUACAAAGGCAAAGAGAAGCAGAACAGGAAAAAGAAGAGCAAAGGCGAAGAGCACAAGAACAACGUGAAGCUGCAAGAAGGGAAAUGGAGCGGCAAAGGCAGCUGGAGUGGGAGAAACAGCGGUGUCAAGAAUUACAACAGCGCAGGCAGAAAGAACAAGAAAAAGUUUUGCAAUUAAAAGCCAAGAAUCAGAAUCUCAGCAUUGAGCUAUCACAGUUGAAUGAAAAAGUGAAAGAAUUGUCUCAAAAGAUCAGUGAGACAAGGAUUGGAGUGUCUGGCGUAAAGUCAACAAUUGACGGGAUGCGCAGUACUCGUGAUUCGCAGCUUGCUGAAAUGAGUGCCUUAAAGACCCGACUGAAGGAACAGAAUCAAAGGCUUCUUACAUUGAGUCAAGAAAAGGCAAGGCUAGAAGCUCGCAACAAGUUAAAUGCAGCUGCCGAUUCUGCUAAUCAGGAGCAAGUAAAAAUAGCUUUCACCAACAAACAAAUUACACUUAAGCAGUUACGUGAUAGGCUACAGGAUCUCCAGAAAGAGAUAGAGGUUAAACUGGAAGAUAUUGAGAACAAUAACAGUCAACUAGGUGACUUAAAGCAGCAAUUGUCUUCAUUAGUCCAUGAAUGUGAACAGCUCUAUUCUGUAUACGAAGAAAAGAGAAGCAAGGUAUUGGAAAUGAAAGGCAUGACUGGAAAAAUUAGGGAUCCUACAGACUUUUCAUCAUCGUGGGGUGAUUCUGGCUGGGACAAUCCUCCACAGACUGAUUGGAAUGCAGCUUCUGCUGAUGCUUGGCCAGAAUCAACUGCAGCUACAACAGUACCAGCGGUAAAUGGAAACUUGCUCAAAUACCGUGCCCUUUACGAGUUCGUUGCUCGCAACAGUGAUGAACUGUCAUUCCAGCCAGGAGAUAUAAUUAUGGUUGCUGCCAACCAAAAUGCUGAACCUGGAUGGUUAGCAGGAGAACUAAGGGGCCAAACUGGCUGGUUUCCUGAAUCCUACGUGGAAUUUAUAGACAGUCCUGUAACAGUCCUGGAGGAUUCAUCUGCUUUUCCUCCUGAUGUUAUCAUAGCAGAGUCUCAAGCUAAACGACAACUUGAGGGAAUUGCAGAAGUUCCAGAAAACGUCAGUGAUAAUGGUUCUGUUGUGGAAGUUUCUGGUGAUGUUGGUCCACAGGUGCUUGAUGAAAUGGCUAGUCCUGUACUUGGACAGGGUGAUAAUGUUGAAGACAUGGAGGCACAAGCCCUUUAUUCUUGGAGAGCCAGGAAGUCUAGUCAGUUGUCAUUUAAUAAGGGAGAUGUUAUCAGAGUCAAAGAACAACAAGAGCAGUGGUGUUACGGUGAACUAGCUGGCGUAGAUGGUUGGUUUCCAAAAUCUUAUGUGAAGUUAACUCCUUCACAGUUGCAGGAAGGAGAAAAGGAAUAUUAUGUGGCCAUGUAUCCUUAUCAGUCUGUUGAACCAGGUGAUCUUAGUUUCUUACAAGGUGAAAUGAUACUUGUUACAAAGAAAGAGGGAGACUGGUGGACUGGAAUCAUAGGAGAUAGACAUGGAAUAUUUCCUUCAAAUUAUGUACAGAGAGCACCAUCUGGAUCUGCUGUAGUAUCAGAUGAGCCUGCUGAGCCUGUAAAGGAAAACCACAUAACAGAUGUAACAGUCUCAGAAGUAGCAGCUGCCCCUGUCUCACCCACUCCACAACAGGAAGAACAGCCUGCAAAUGAGAAAACCCUUGGGACUCCAGACUUCACUGCUAUGUCUGCUGCAGCUCAGCUUGAAGAUACUGGGGACGAUAGUGACUCUAAGAAGAAUAUUCCCGACUUCUUCCAGUCACCUAAGGGAAAAGGAAAGAAACCUGAAAUAGCAACAGUUAUUGCCCCAUAUCAGGCUACAAGUUCAGAACAACUCAGCCUGCAGAGAGGCCAGUUAAUAAUGAUUCGAAAGAAAACAACAACUGGUUGGUGGGAAGGUGAAUUGCAAGCAAAGGGCAAAAAAAGACAAAUUGGCUGGUUCCCUGCCUCUUAUGUAAAAUUACUAGGAGGUAGUAACAAAGGGACACCUGUAAAGCAAGAGGAUACAUCAUUGCAACAACAACAACAACAACAACAACAACAACAACAACCUGCUCAAGAGGUAUCACAGCCUGCAACAGAAAAAGUUAAAGCAUUAUAUCCGUAUUCUGCACUAAACGAUGACGAACUAAGCUUUGAGAAAGAUGACGUUAUAACAGUUGUAGCAAAAGAGGAACCCUCUUGGUGGCGGGGUGAAUUGAAAGGAGCUACAGGCCUUUUCCCCAGUAAUUAUGUGGCACCUGUGUCUGACUACCAUCUAAAUAAGACAGAAAGGAAAAGACAAGGAUGCAUACAAGAACUGAUUGAUACUGAACAGGCAUAUAUUAAUGAUAUGUCUAUUGUCCAUGAUGUAUUUGAGAAACCACUCUUAGAGAGCAAAGUUUUAUCAAAUGAAGAAAUUUACAAAAUAUUUGUUAACUGGCGUGAAAUACUACAGUGUAACUACAUGUUCCUCAGGACUUUGAGAAUCCGAAAAGAAAUGAGUGCAGAUGGAGUUAUUAGAAUGAUUGGAGAUAUUCUUUGUGAAAAUCUCCCAAGGAUGACUGCAUACAUCCGUUUCUGUAGCUGCCAGCUCAGUGCAGCUACAUUUCUGCAGAAGAUUACAGAAGAAUCAGUGGAAUUUCGUGAACUUGUUCGCCAGUGCCAGGCUGACCCUCGCACAAAAGGAAUGCCACUUAGCAGCUUUCUUAUUAAACCAAUGCAAAGGAUAACAAAAUACCCUCUUCUCAUAAAGAAGAUUUUGGAGUACACUCCAGCAGAUCAUCCAGACCACCAGAAUUUGCAGGAAGCACUAGCCAAAGCUGAAGAGUUCUGUAGACAGGUAAAUGAAGGUGUGAGAGAAAAAGAGAACUCAGAACGAUUAGAAUGGCUUCAGGGGCAUAUCCAUUGUGAUGGCUUGGAGGAGCAGUUAAUUUUUAAUUCUCUUACAAAUUCUCUAGGACCCAGAAAAUUCCUUCAUCAUGGCAUUCUGCAUAAAGCUAAAAGUGGGAAAGAACUGGUUGCAUUCUUGAUGAAUGAUUUUCUGCUCUUAGCCCAGCCACAAAAAUCUCUUGGUAGUACUCACUCAUUCUCAUUUGAAAGGCAUGCUGGUAUCUCAUUUAAAAUCUAUAAAAAGCCAUUGUUUCUGAAUGAGCUGUUGGUGCUGGAAGAGCAGAAUAGCAGUGAAGGUAAUGAGAACCCACGUUUAUUUAGCUUGGAAGACACCACAACUGGAAAAACACUUUCAUUUUUGGCAUCAACAUCAGCCGAACGUAAUCUCUGGGCAAAGCGUCUGCAAGAGGCACGUGUCCAUGUGAUUGACACUGAGAAGAGUCAGUUCCAGCGCCAGCAGUCAAUUCGGCAGCGGCCUGCAAAGGGUUAUCUGAAAAUAGUCAUUGUUAAAGCAACAUCACUAAAACCAAACAAAGCAGGGAAGUGUGAAGCAUUCUGUGAAGUCAGCAUGGGCUCACAAGAACAUCGCACACCUGUAGUAGCGUCAACAACAAAUCCUCGUUGGAAUGCUUCAAUGCAAUUCCUGGUAAAGGACCUAAAAGAGGAUGUCCUUUGUGUUACAGUAUUUGAUCGUGGUCAUUUCUGUCCCAAUGAAUUCCUGGGAAGAACUGAGGUACGAGUUGCAGAUAUAUUACAGGAAACCCAGUAUUCACGUGGGCCAAUUUCAAAGAAUUUAAAACUUCAUGAAGUUGACUCAGGGAGUGUUCUACUUAAAUUAGAUUUAUUUCUUUUUAGUAGAAUUACAUAGAUUAUAUUAGUGCCCCUUUGUCCAAAGGCACUGCUUUAAAUUGUCUGUAGUACAAAUUAAACAUGUUUAAUUCUGUUAAAAAUCAAAAUAUUUUAACUGAAGAUUAUUUAUGAACAUUUCUAUUCAGUGUCUUUUCUAACAGUCAUGUACUGCCACUGUAAAUAUACAACAUGACUUCAUUUAUGCACGACUCUUCUACAUGUAACUUCUUUCAGUUUUUGAAUUUUUUUUAAAUGUUAGUGUAAUUAUUAUUAUUAUUAUUAGUAACAAUUGCAGUAAUAAUAGUAGUAGUAGUAGUAGUAGUAUUUUAUUGUCAAUCAUCCAGUACAUUCCUUUGUAUAUUAUCACAACCAUGUUUGUACAGUAUCUUAUUAUAGAAAGCAGCUUCACAUAAAGGCUGAUAUCUGUACUGAAUAUUUUUAUUUCUACAAUAUUGACUGAUUUGGAUUAUGUAGUUUUUUGAUGCCAAUAAUUUGUAAAUGCAGGAAGGAAGUUUAUUCCCAACUUACCAUCUACAGUCAUUCAAACACCUGAGAUGAAGAUUUGUAUUUUCUGUGUGUAACUAUUUUUGUUACUGUAAUUCUAUGAUACACUUUUAAUUAUGGCUCUCAUUGUUGUUCAUCUGAUAGUAUAGAAAAUUGUGGUGCUAAAAUUGAAUAUAUAUAAUAUAAUAUAAUUUACUGUGGUGAAUCUAGUUCUGAGAAGAAAUUACCAGGAAUUGGUGGAUGAACAGUUAAAAGAGCAGAAGAGUAACUAUGGAAGCAAUUUGGAACUUUCUUUGGCAAUAAUCAUUUCAUUUCCCAGGCCAUGAGUGCAUUUUGAUGAGUCAUUUCUAAAUCUUCACUUAAGAACUCUAAUCAAGAAAGUGACUCCACACUGAAUGUUUUGUCUUGAAUGUGUAAUCUAAAUGAAAAAUUCAAUCAAUUAAAAUGGAUGCAUAGCUUCAAAUGUGUGCAAGAGAAUGCAGUGCCUCAUAUUAUAGGUACGGAUAAAUAUACAAACUCCAGAGGAAAUUAAAUAAAUUUUGUAUGUAAAGAA